CCCAUGUCAACGGCUCAUGACGAGUUUCCUGGGCGGGCAGAUGAUUGCGUAUAUCCGCCUUUGGCUCCGCCUCGUGCGUUUGUGAGUAAACGGUAACGGCGGUGGAGUUGUCUCAGGCCGGUCCCUCCGUCGUGUUUAUACUACCCCCUGAUCUUCUCCUGCUCCGGCCUAAGCCUCCGUGUUAUCCUCGGCCUGUUCCACCAUCCAUACUCUGUGCUGCAGUUUGAGGUGAAGCCAUUUGAACUGACAACCACAUUGCUGUUGUGUUUGGUGAAAACUAUACCUCCUAUGCCUGAACGUAUACUGUGACAGAAGAGGUCACAGAAUGAGUGGACAGCGGGUUGACGUGAAGGUGGUAAUGCUGGGAAAAGAGUUUGUGGGAAAGACUAGUCUGGUGGAGAGAUAUGUGCAUAAUCGAUUCCUCAAUGGCCCAUAUCAGAAUACGAUCGGUGCUGCCUUUGUGGCCAAGCUCAUCCAUGUUGGUGAAAAGGCCAUCACACUUGGAAUCUGGGACACUGCAGGGUCAGAACGGUAUGAGUCCAUGAGCAGAAUCUACUAUCGUGGAGCCCGAGCAGCUGUUGUUUGCUUUGAUCUGACUGACAGUAGCAGCUAUGCAAGGGCUAGAUUCUGGGUGAAUGAAGUCCGGAACUGUGAAGAGCAUUGUAAAAUUUAUUUGUGUGGAACCAAAAGUGAUCUUGUCCAGAAUGACCGCAGCGCACGGGGAGUUGAUUACCAUGAUGUUCAAGAUUACACAGAUGAGAUCAAAGCCAAGCUUUUUGAAACCUCCAGUAAGACAGGCCAGAAUGUGGAUGAACUGUUUCAGAUAGUAGCAGAAGAUUAUGUGAAUGUAACAGCCUUCCAGGUGAUGACAGAAGGUGAAGAAGCUGUGAACCUGGCUGAGAAGAAGAAAUCUACUUACUUACUUAGUUGUUGUCACCAAUAGCAUCUGAUUUGUAAAGACCCAUUUGCCAAUAUUUUAAGGAGGAAUUGUACAUGGAUUCGCUGGACUGAAACUCCUUAUUCAUAAAACUGUUGCAGUAUCAUGGUCUGAGACAUGAGGCUGGAACCAUUGUGAUGUGACUAGUGGGAAAUUGCAGUGUCCAAAUGACAGUCUGACUCUUGAACUGAAGUGACCUGUCUUGUUGGAGUACCACAAUCAGCAUAUUUCUGAACUUGGUGCAGAGGUUGUCUCUGGGCAGUCCUCCUUGCACGGUUAAAUGUCUUUGGCUUUUUAUAUUUUAGAACUUUGCCAAGAUUUUGUGCAUGACCUACCAUUUUUGCCUCUUCUGGUUUUGUGAUAAUUUAAUUGUUUUUGUGUUGCCCACUGAAAGUGGUGGCAGAUCUCAGGAGCGUUCACUGCACCAAGCAAAGGGACUUGCAUCUAUUAUGCUACAUCCAUGGUACCUAGGAUUCAGCUAUCCACGUCUGUUGAUGGUAAUAUCUUGCUGAAUUUUUAAUGUGCACGUUACAUUUUGACUUUUAGCACUCCUGCUCAGCUGUUUCACAUUGAACACUACUGUUCCAGAAUAACUGUAUUAAUGUGGGAUUUCAAUUGCCUGGUGACUGUCCUUCCAAGACUAUCUCUGAGCAGUUGCUUCCAGUUUUUAUUCAUGUUCUCUUCUGGUGCACAAUGUUUCAAAAAUUCUCAAAUAGAACUUUAUUUCAAAUCAGACUGUACUGUCUGGAUUCUUGUCUUGCUGUAAAUUCUUACAUAUUGCUGCUUCAUGGUGUAAUGCUGAUCAAACUAGCCAGACAUGAAAGAUGGGCAAUGCUGACUGUUUCAUAGUGAGGGAAGAGGAAGUUACAAACUGUAUAGAAACAUGAUGUACAGGAAAUAAGGUAUAUGUGAUAUGGAGUAUGCUGAUUGCAGUAACUUUUUUGUCAGACACACACACAUGACUUUAUACAAUGAAUGAUCUUCCAUUUUAGAUGUUUGAGUUCAAAAGUGUGGCAAUAGUGGAAGACACCAACACCUAAUGUUUGUGCUCUGACUCUGGAUGUAAGUUUGGUGGGCUGAGAGUAUUGUAUGACGUGGGGUUACAUGUUUAGUGAUCAAAUUUUAUUGCCAUAUAAUAUGGACUUUACAUUUCAUAGUUAAGAACUACUGUGGCACUGGCACUGUCAUCACUGUUUUAGUUGUAAGUAUUCUCUUGCACUGCAGUUCCUUAAUUCUCCUAAUUACUUGGUUUGCACAGUGAUAUUCAGCAUUAUAAGCAACAUGACAUCUCAUCCUAGUACCACUGGCCAUGCAAGUAUUGGCAGCAAAUUUAACAAGAGUGAAGUUAUUUGGUUGACCAUUACCAAUCACAGCUGGAAGUCACUAGUGCAGGACGCAUGGCUGUAGACACAGAUUGCACCUCUUUUAACCUCAUCUGGUGACAUUUAACAUGAGAAAUUAACACACAUUGUGGCUUUGUUACUGUAAUCCUUCCAGCACCAAGAAAUGUAAUUUACGUUUCUAAAUUCUUUAUUUUCACCUUUCUCUCUUUAAUGUUUCACUCAUUCUAAAGUGACAAGGAAAAGCAUGCAACUGUCUUCUGUGUGGUGUCAGGUGCAGGAUAUCGUGUCCAGACAACAUUUCCCAGCCUCCUUUGGUUUAAAGAUGCUCGCUUCAACAGCUAGCUAUCUGAAUCAUGACAAAUACGCACUUCAUUCUGAAAUUUUGUCAGUAACAAGUGUAAUAUCUGAAUUGAGCUCAGUGUGGUGUACAAUUGUACAUUGGGGAAUAGAUGGUAUUAAGAGUUUUUAAAAAAUCAUGUCCUAUUUUGCAUUAAUUUGAAUAGGGACUUCUCAAAUUUGGACCCAAGAAAUAUGUGAAAAUAUUUUUUGAUUUGAAAACAGAUGGUACAUCACAGUAAACUGCUUAAUUUUAGCAUGUUGGUAUUUAUAUAACUGAGGUGAGAUUCAGAUUCUGUAACUAAACUUCCCAUUAGAAUGGUUUUUGACUUUACGAGAACUCUCCACUCUUAUCAAAUUAUUGAUGCAUUUAAAGCUAUACAUGCAGAGCACUUCUGUUCCUGUAAUGCGUGGAAAUGUCAAAGAUACAAAGCAUUAUUUCACAGACAGGAGGAAAAACUUGACAGCAUUAGUGUGAUUUGCUGAACCAAACGCAAAUGAAUUAAUUCACACCUGGUGCAGAACACAGGCAUGAAUAUAAUAAAUGCUGCUGAUACUAAGUUAAUGCACUGUAUUGGAAAUAUUUUGUCAUGGUUUCCAAAAAACACUUGCAGGUUCAGGGAAUAUUUCCUGAAUUGUCACUGCUGUAUUUUCUAAAUUGGCAGAUACACAUACUUGCAAGACACUAAAAUGCUGCCUCACUGGUGUGCAUAUUUGUUGAUUGAAGGGGAAACUUGUAUGGUUGAGUCACUUUAGAAUAUAGUUCAGCAGCUUGAGGUAAUUCAGGGGAUCAUUCUUUUUAUACUUUCUAUCAUAUUUUGUGAUUAAUGCCUUAGUCUGGCUCCACUCAGCAGGCAAGCAAAAGGUUCUAUCAUGGCACAGGUGGUAGGAGGCACUAAUUUUUCUGAUCAAAGACUACUUUGUCUUUAUGUACAAGUGAUUUCAUUACAUUUUGGAAACCCAUACUUGGUGCUGUGGAGUCGGUGUAUCUUGUAACACUGGUCCUCUGUAAAUAAACCUAAUAAAGGUGGUUAACUAUUACAUCAGUUGUAUACACUAACAUCUCUAUUCAUUAUUUGGAUCUUGUGUUGAAACUUUUAUUACAAAGUCAUUUGAUUUUAAUGUAAAAAUAUUAAAUGCACAAAGCUUUAACAUUUA